CAUUACGCCUGCCAACUUACCGUCAGACGAUUCAGUUUUCCAUUCCUUCACUUGACCGUGGAAAAGUGCAUCGCGUGCAUCAGAAAAAUUCAAGAAUUAAUUUUUGACUAUAAGUUAUUCUGAUAAAGAUCGUCAUGGGUCACCACGAACCAAAGGUUUAUAUCUCUGACAAGCUGCCCGACUCGUUGCGCAAAUCGAUGCAAACUUUCCAGGCUAAAAACGAACUGCCCGUUUUCCUAAAGGGUGGUCCAAUAGACAAAGUGCUGUUCAUGACCACCAUGGCUUUGUGUGGCGUAGGCAUUCUAGGAAUCGUUCGGGUUAUCUACACGAUGGGUUUCGCCAAAAAGAAGGCUGACUAAACCCAGAAUGUGAUAUCUUGUGAAAGAAACAGUGCAAGUGAUUAAUAAAGUCUAAAUAUUUGUUGCGAAAUAAAUAUUUAAAUCAAA